UGACGGCUCAGGUCGUCUCACUCUCCAGGACCAGCCCGGUCGUUCCUGACCCCCUUUUCCCAUUAUUGCCCAAACCACCGGAGGCAUUCCACACCCCGCCGAGUCCGUAUCUUCCGCGGAGAUGCUCUUUAGGUUGCCGUCUUUUCUGUGGCGGCGGACGCGGCACCGCUUGCACGUGCGCCUCCGGACCCUGCUAUACGUCACCAUCGGCGGUCUGCUCUUCGCAUGGCUGUGUCUGCCAUACGACAACACCAUCCGCCUGGCCAUCCGAUUCAAUGUCAAGAGGAUACAAGCAGCCCUGGGUGGCCGGCCAAGUGAGAACUGGGUCUUCGCCCCACCUAGGCGACCCAUCAACCUGAGAGAGGACGCCCUCGUCAUCGUCAAGACCGGCUACGGCACACAGCAGAGGGUGCAGGCUUGGUUUGAGUCUCUGAGCGACAAGAGCGAACUCCACGACUUUCUUCUUGUCGGCGACUAUACAUCUCAGCCGCACAAGCACUUCGUGUACCGCGGCCAAGAGCUGCCCGUCCACGACGUGGUGAAUCAGACGUUGAGCCAAAAGGUCCUGUCAAACCAACAGAUGCACCCGCGGGUCAUCAAGUACCAGGAGCUUACUGCGGCUAUUGAGAGCGGGGAUAAAGAGCAUAGUCUUGAGCUUGCCAAGUCCUCUGGAUGGGAGCUAGAUGCUCUGAAGUUCAUCUCGGCUCUUGAACUCGCAUAUGCAAAGUUCCCAUACAAAAAGUGGUUUAUCCUCGUCGACGACGACACGUAUCUUAUCCAGCCCUCGCUGAAGCAGUUUCUGAGCCAGCUCGACGCCGAACACCCCUACUACCUCGGUAAUGUCGUCGGUAGUUUCAGCGCCCGAUUUGCUCAUGGGGGGUCUGCCAUUAUCCUCUCGCACAAAACCAUGCGAAACCUCCUUCUCAAAAACCAGCCGGUGGUCUCGAGGGCCCACUCCGAGACUCUGUCGGAACCGUGGGGCGACCGGUUGCUCGCGAGGACGCUGAUAAGGACGGGCGUAUUUCUCGACGAGAGAUGGAGCCACCUGUUCAGCGGCGAGACUCCGCGCCUCAGCAAGAUCCGUGCCGACCGCUUCUGCUCUCCCAUCCUGUCGUUCCACAGCCUGCACUCGCCCAAGGAAAUGGUUGCCACCGGCAAGCUCUACCAGGAUGUCAAGAAACCUGUCCUCUGGAUCGACCUGUGGGAAAUGUUCAGAGCGCCAGCGCCGUGGCGCAGUGGGGUCCAGACUGUCCGCCAGAACUGGGACCACGUUGGUGACCCGGAGACGGGCGACCCGAGCACGGUUUCUACCGUUUGGUACGGCGUGAAAACUGCCGAUGAGUGCGCCAAGAAGUGCAAGACACACUCAAAGGUCUGCAUGGCGUGGGCCUGGAGCCCCAAGUUCGGCAACCAAUGCCGCGUCAGCCCGUGGAUGACUGUCGGGCAUGAGGCAGAGCACGUGCAGUCUGGAUUCAAUGAGCCACGCGUCAAGAAGCUUGAGAUGAACUGCUUCCCGUAUUAAGAAUGAGGCAAACAACAGACGAGCUACGAAUGCCAAUUAUUAGCAAUGAAGAAAGGAAAAGAAAAGAACGUCUCACCGCCAGGUUGUCGAUCAACCAUGGCAAGACUCGAAUAGGCAUUCAUCUCACCCCCGAGAUUGGCGGCAUCUAAAGCCUUGACGUCUUUUCAACUCUACCCGCGGAACACUUUCAAAGCAGUGUGGAGAAUGCGGCUGAAACAG